UAAAAAUGUGUACAGAAAUUAUAAUUCUUUUCUACCUUACUGUCAUUUUACUAGCACGAUAUUUGAAGUAUGUUACUUUGACAACGACGUUUGUUGAUUGGCGCGUUCAGUAUUAGUCGUUUGUGUCUAAUGUCAAUCUGAAGGAUAUUUUCACUCGAUUAGAAAAAUGGAUGGUUGUUUUGGUUAUCACGAAUUGAAAGCAUUGCAGGAAUUAAUUAAUCCUCUUAAAAAUGAUUCAGAUUCCGAGGAUGAUUUACCACAGGCUGGCGCUCGGAAAUUUGGACCUGGCGAUAUCGGUACUCGAAAUGAAAAGUUUCAAGACCGCUCGGGCCCACACGCACCGCUGAAAGCGGAAGCUGAUGAUAUUUGGCAUCUGUCUGAAGCAGUUGCUUCGCAGAGUACGGAAGCCUAUGAUCCAAGAAAGGUGCCGGAAUAUGAGAUGAAAUUUAAGCAGGCGGUGACGGCGGAAGACGUUUUUUUGGGCAUGGGCUUCAAAACGCCAGGGACCGCAUCCUGCGAGUGGUUGUCCGUGUUGGUGAAGAUGCCGCAGGAAGUGCGCGAGAAAAUCGAGCUGUCCGUGGAAACCGAGGCGAUCGACGUGCGGAGCCCAAGAUAUCGACUGCAUCUCGAGACGCCACAUCCGGUUGAUCCUAAUGCCUCAUCGGCCAAAUGGCAUAGUGAUAUUUCUAGCUUAGAGGUUACCCUCAGACUUGUACGCGAGCUGGACGGCGUAAAUUUUUAAUAAACUUUACGGUAGGCUUUCAAUCUUGACUCUUAUAAAAACUUGCGGGACUUCUGUGUACAUUACUGAUCCUUGAUAUUCGAACUUGGUUAUUUUUUAAAGUUUUUUAACCGAUGAAUGUCUCCAAUUAUUGAAAAGUAAUAUUUGUAAAAUUUAAUAUUAAUAUUACUUUAUAUGUAACAAUACCUAUUUAAUUUUAUUUUACUUAUUUGAUUUAACUAUACUUAAUUUAACUAUAACUAAAUUCUCUAAUAUCUUGUAAGUGGUAACAGUAAUAUUUUGUUAAUUUCUGUAGUUGGUUUCUUUCUUUCUUUUGCGUUAUUUCUGUGAUUCCAAAUUUACGAAUGGUAGUACAUAUUUAGUUUCUCUUUUAAUUUUCUUUCUCUCUAGUAAUGAAAUUGCCAUGCCUUUACAGAAACGAUUCUUUUACAGAAUCCAGAUCUCUAUUUUUAUUUUAAUUGUUUGAUGGAUCGAAAAAGAGAUUCGUUAGCAAUAUAAGAAUUAUAAUAUGUGAGAUGCAACAUAUGGAUCGUAUUGUAUAUGAGAUGUUUGCUUGAAUGUACAGGAUAAAAGCAUUAUUUGUUUAUAAUAUUUCUCUUUGUAAGGAUUAAAGAUCGACGUAUUGUAUUCUCUUGUAUUGUAUUCUUGCCGUUAAGGCAAAUGAAAUUCAUAUUGAGAGUUGCGUUUUAGAAUAUGAAAUAAAUAUCUGCUGAGUGCAUUAUACAACUUCA